AAGAAAACAAACCCAUUUUCAAGAAAACUAGUGGCGGAUUCCAGCCUCCUCUACCACUAUGAAUUCUUCACUGCACUGUCCCCACUGAAAAGCGUCUCCCCCACGCGACCUCCACGCGCCCCUAUAAAUUCCCCCUCCUCAAAGAUCUUCAUACGUUCAGCCAAAGACCCCAUCAACGCUGCCAACCAAGAACAGUAUGCAGUCGCUGCAAGAGAAGGCCUCGGAGUGGAGUGGAGUGCAUCCCAAGGAUGCCUUCGCCAUUGAUGAGACCAAUCUAUAUGAGAAGCUUGGUCUCCAGACUUUCAUUAACCUCUCCACCAAUUUCUACAACAGAGUUUAUGAUGAUGAGGAAGAGUGGUUCCGAUCAAUUUUUGCAAAUUCCAAGAAGGAAGAUGCCAUUCAAAACCAAUAUGAAUUCUUUGUACAAAGAAUGGGAGGUCCUCCACUGUACAGCCAAAGAAGAGGCCAUCCUGCACUGAUUGCCCGCCACCGCCCGUUCCCUGUCACUCAUCAAGCUGCAGAGAGGUGGUUGCACCACAUGCAAGAAGCAUUAGACAGCACUACUGAUAUUGAUGCAGACUCCAAAACUAAAAUGAUGAAUUUCUUUAGGCAUACCGCAUUCUUUCUUGUAGCGGGAGAUGAGUUGAAGAGCCAUAAACAGGGUGUUGCAUGCAAGCACGCGGCUGGAAAACCCGCUGCAGCAUGAAUUCCUAGCAGAGUUGCUAAUUUGAUUCAUAUAACGACUGAACGAUAGUGAAUGGAUCAAGCUGAUAGAAUAACAACAUUGUAUUACGGAUAUAUGUUAUUCAACCUUAUGGAAAAUUAAAUAUUGAAAGAAAUUUGUUCUGGUUCUUAGUCUUUGAUCUGGUAACCAGAUAUGCCUUUCACUUCAUUGCUGUCUCUUGUCCUCUACGGGUAUAUGAGAGAAAAGUAUCAGUUUAGUCCUCAAAACAUAAUUGACAGACUAUUCAAGAUCGAUCACUCAUCUUGACUUGUUGCACUUAAUAAGUUAGAGUUCAGGCGUAGAUUCUGAAGCUCGAUCUGAAUUCAACUCAAUAAGCUAAAUGAUUUGGAUAUCAAAUAUUUUCUUUUCUACAAAGAAAUGCUUUAGCAUACUUGUAAUUUCUCUUCUGACCAUUCUACAAAUGCAAAUGACUGGCAAGAUAUGGAUCAUAUUUUUCAAAACUCUGUGCAUUAACAUUGACAAGAAUUAAACAUCUUACUUAACAUGUGAAAACAUCUGCGCCCACUUUCGAUGACUUAUCUACCUCGAUUAAUCAAUAAAAUAAUAGUAGAUUAAUCUAACAAGUUUGAAGAACUUCAUCCAUGGUGUUUUAUAAUCAAUAAUCUAAGCAAUCUGGUUUCUUGCUUGCGUCAAAGUUGACUAAUCUGCCCAAGUUUUUCACAGUAUUUUGGUUUUCCUACAGGUUUCAAGCUACUGAUAAGCUAAAGUUUCUGAUCUCUCCACACCAGUGCAGAUUUAAGAAAAUGAGACCAAUCUUGAAUGCCUCAU